AUGGUGAUGAUGGUGGUAGUGAUGAUGGUGACAGUGACUGUGUUGAUGGUUGUGACGGUGAUGGUGGUGAUGGCGAUGGUGGUGGUGACAGUGACGGUGAUGGAGGGACAAGACAAGAAAUGCUGCUCACCUGAGGCCAUCACCUCCUGCCUCAGAGGUCUCAGAGGGCUCGACUUAGAGGACCAAGGGUUCACAGUGAGACUAAGCGGCUCCGGCUCGCGGUGCCAGGGCCAUCUGGAGGUCAACUACAAGGACAAGUGGUACACGGUGCACAGCCAGAGCUGGGGCCUGCGCCCGUUCCACCGGGAGGACCCCAGUCAGGCCUGGAAGCUCUGCCAGGAGCUGCGAUGCAGGGAGCCCUUGCUCCUCUCCCACUUCCGUCACUUCAAAGGGAAGCGACCCCAGAGCCAGAUCACCUGCCGCGGACAACUGGGGUCCUUCUCCAACUGCAGCGACAGCAAGGCAAAUCAGGGGGACCCUCUGGCCCUGAUCUGCUUAGAGCCACUGAGGACAACACCUCUUCCCACGAGCCCCCCGCCCAUAACCACUCCGGAGCCCACAGCUCCUCCCAGGCUGCAGCUGGUGGCGCGACCCGGGGGCCUGCGGUGUGCAGGCCUGGUGGAGUUCUACAGCGGCAGCCUGGGUGGCACCGUCGGCAUCGAGUCCCAGGACGGGAUCCAGGACCUGGGGAACCUCAUCUGUGCAGCCCUCCAGUGUGGCUCUUUCCUGAGGCCUCUGCCAGAGACCGAGGCAGCCAGGACACUACAGCCAGGAGAGAGCGGUUCCUUGCCAAUCCGGUGGAAGAUCCAGAACAGAAGAUGUGCCUCCCUAGAGCAGUGUUUCAGAAAAGUUCAGCCACAGGCGGGAGGCCAAGCUCUUGGCCUCAUCUGUUCUGAUUUCCAGCCCAAGGUGCAGAGCCGCCUGGUGGGGGGCAGCGGCACGUGUGAAGGCUCCGUGGAGGUGCGCCAGGGCAAGCAGUGGGACGCCCUGUGCGACAGCUCCUCAGCCAAGGGCAUGGCGAGGUGGGAGGACGUGUGCCGGGAGCAGCAGUGCGGCAACGUCAGCUCCUACCAGCUGCUGGACACCGGCGAGAAGACCUCCGGGGGGUUCUUCUGUCCCCCGGGGAAGCUGUCCCAGUGCCACCAGCUUCUGCAGAAAAAAUCCCACUGCAAGAGAGUGUUUGUCACCUGCCAGAACGCACGCCCAGCGGGCCUGGGUGCAGGCACAGUGGCAAGCAUCAUCCUGGCCCUCGUGCUUGCGGUAAUGCUGCUGGUGGUGUGUGGCCCCCUCGCCUACAAGAAGCUGGUGAAGAAAUUCCGCCAGAAGAAGCAGAGACAGUGGAUUGGCCCGACGGGAAUGAACCAGAACAUGUCUUUCCAUCGCAACCACACGGUGACUGUCCGGUCCCAGGCUGAGAACCCCACAUCCUCCCGCCUGGAGAACGAAUACAGUCAGCCUCCCAGGAACUCCCAAAUCUCAGCUUUUCCAGCUCUGGAAGGGGCCCUGCAUCGUGUCUCCACCCAGCCCGAUAACUCCUCUGACAGUGACUAUGAUCUGCACGGUGCUCAGAGGCUGUAA